GCGUUUUACUUGCAUUAAAUCCAAUAUGGCGGACGAUGAUGGAAAGGUUGAAGUGACUAAAGAUGUGUUAGCUCCCGCUGAAGGACCCAGAGAAGAAAUUAUCACAACAGCUGUAAAAUUCUUACAAAAUCCAAAAGUCAGACAAAGUCCACUGUCACAGAGGAAAGCAUUUUUACUAAAAAAAGGUUUAACCAAAGAAGAAAUAGACAUUGCAGUUCAGAAGGCAGGUGUAGGACAAGAUGACAAGGUCAUGCAAGUGUUCCCUCCCCAAUCCUCAGGGCAGAUGGCUCCACGCUCCAACAGUGGUACUCAGCAGAUGGUGUCAUCUCCAGUUGAUAUUUACACGAAAUGGCAAAAAGUGAGAGACAUACUUUCUGUGAUAGCAUUAGCCAGUGGAUUGACGUAUGCUGCCUAUAAGUUUUAUAAGGAAAUAUUGAAACCAUGGUUACUAGGACAACCACGAAUGGAGGAAAGGCUUUUCACUUUGGAGAAACUACAGAGCAGUGUAGUAGAGAGACUGACCGCUGUCCAGGAGACACUGACCGGCUUCCAGGAACAGGUUUCCAAAGAGCAGGAAAAGGUUCAGCAGUUGUCACAUGAGAUACAUGCUAAACAGUCGUCAGAAAUUUUGCAGACCUCUCAAGAUUCGCAAACAAUGAACGAUGUGAAAUCAGAAUUAUCCAGUAUUAAAGGACUUCUGUUGAACAGACGCCAGUUUCCUCCCACGCCGGCCAGCACCCCACUUCUACCCUCAUGGCAAUUGUCCUCGUCACCAGGAGAAAGGUCUGUCCCCAUUACAAACGGUAAACCCUCACUAGUGACACCUAGUGGAGAUAGUGGAAACAUGACGGAUGCUUUGGGCAUGCUGAAUAGCAAUGACAAUACCAGGGAAGACAACUCUGAUGGACAGACUAAUAAAAAAGUAAACUUCAGUGAGUCCGCUAUAACAGAGUCCUUACAAGCAGUAACAGAAUCUGACACAAAGGUAGAUAACUCUGUCACAAUGGGAGAUAAAUCCGCAACAAUGGGAGAUAAAUCCGCCACAAUGGGAGAUAACUCCACAGAAGAAAGUAUGACUGUGUCAGAGGAAGGUCAGAUGUCAGAGGUCAACACAACUGAGGCCAAAACCGAAGAUGAUGAACUUGAUUGAAUGGAAAUAUCCUAGUGGAUGAUCAUAUUAUCAUAAUCAGAAUGGGAGUUUAAUAGGUCAAGAGACAGUCAAUGUGAUAUUGAUUUUGAAUAUAGGGAUGUGUAAUUGGUCGAGUGUGAGUUGAUCAAUGUUCAUAGACCACACAAAAAAAUCAUACUGGAAGUAGGUUCUGUCUGAAAUUGAGUAUAACUGAAAGAGUAUCAGAGAUGAGAAAAUGCUACAAAUUUAUUAUCUACAAAGACCACUUGUAGAUAGCAGUGUCAUCUGAGUAACAUGCUAGAGAAUAAUUAUAUCAACUUUCAUAAAUAUCAGAAUUAAAAAACGAAAUCUUUUAUUUCGAUAGCAUCUGAAUGGGACAAGAAAUGCAAAAAGAAUGAUGUUAUUGAAAAAUGGGAACUGGAAAACAUUUAUAGAUCUAGCAAUUUUCAUGAAAUUUCCACUAAGGAAUUGGCCUUUUGAAAGAUGGAAUUCUGGUUCAGUGACGUAUUUGUAAUGUCAAAGGUUAAUCUUUGUAAGUGAUAAAUGAUUGAAUUGUGAUUCUUGGAUAAAAGUGCAAUAAUGAUAAUGUGGUUAUAAUGUCCAGAUCAGUUUUACAAUGCAAAGAACACUGUUGAAAUAAUUAAAACUGAUUUUGCAAAAAUCCUAUUAAUUUGUUACCAUGCAUCACCUUUAAUUCUGAUAUAAAUACUGUAAAAUGUUGAUAUAAUGAUCUUCAUUUCAGCUGCGACCAAAAUUAAUAUAUUUCAAGGUCCACCUUUCCUUCAUUCUUAUUGAUUCCUAUAAACAUCUCCACCGAUGUAUUACCAAGCUUCUUCAUAUUGCCAUAAUGUUUGCUGGACAAAUGGUGAGAAUGUAACAAUGUCUAACUGUAGUUUCCUUGUUGAGAGUUUUUAUCCAAGAAAGAGCUUGCCGCCUACUUGAGUUAUAUUUGCCUAUGCCAUCAUUUUAGUUCAUGAACAUUUCAUAAAAUUAGAUAUCACGAUUUUCAUGUAUGUAUGUAAUGCAUUUUUUUCCCCUGACGAUUCCAAACUAUGAAAGUCGCUGAUUAUUCUUCAGAAUUUAGGAAUCAAGGAAUGUGUGACUGGAGUGUUUAGAAAGGUAAUGUGGUUUAAGUUAGGUGUCUGUUGUGUUAUCAUGGUUUAUCGUAUAUGGAUAUAAAGUACGUAAUAUGUUAAUUUAUGUAUAACCAGUCAAUGUUUAUGUUUAUGUUUUGAAGUUGAGGCUAUAAUAGGGUGGCCUGUAUGAAAAUGUUUGGUGAAUAAGUUUAACCAUUUUUUCCAGUGAAGCAGUAUUGCUGUUAAUUUCUGAUACACAAACAGCAUUAAGAAGAAUCUGUAUCUUAAAAGCAGUAAGUUAACUUAGUGUUGUGAUGUUUACUGCCGUCAGUUGAAGCAGAGGGGCACACAACUACUAUUAAAAUUGGUCUUGUUAGACUUUCAGUCGUUGGGUAAGUUAUAUCCCAAUAACGUACCCAGCGGAUGAAAGUCUAACAAGAUCAAUAUUAAUAGUAGUCGUGUGCCCCUGUGGUUAAAGUUAUGCAGAUAAAGUUGACUGCAGUCAGUGGAAAUAUUGUAGAAAACUUGUUUUCUGUUUUAUACAUCAAUUCCUGCAUUCAUAGAGCAUUCAUGAUAGAAGUCCAUAUAUUGGAAUGGCGUGUUAUUGCCUGUUGUAUCUUAAUCCAGCAGUAUCUUCUGCUUGUGUUGACAUUUCUCUGCCUGUGGGGUAUGACAAAGAAAUAUCCAAUUGAGGGGUGAGGAUUUAUGUUUGUUUAAACCUGAAUCUUAUCUUUUAGAGUUGAUAUUAUUUUGUCAUUCACCCAAAGAUAAUUAAUAUUACAGAUUUCUUAAAUUAAACAUUGUUAUGCAUAUUAAUCAUGUCCUGGAUAGCAUAUGUAAAGGAUUUUUUUCUGUACAAUAUUUUUGUGCCACCUUCUAUUUUUUUCUGUUUCUUUUUUGUUUAAUCAUGAUCAAGAAUAGCCUUAAUUUCUUGCAGUGAUUGGGUAUAUAGACAUUUAUGAUGAUUAUUAAUAAAUGUUUUUUAUGUUUGAA